AUCUUAGAUUAACACUAAACAAAACUCUGUUAUACUGAUCCUGAAAAAGUCCACUUGUGUAGAGAGUAGUAGCAGUAGUAAAACACUCAAAAAAAGUUCUGAAAGUUUCCGGCUUUGAUCUUCAUCGAUUCAUCUAAUACGGAUUCCACUCACCAGGUGAUUGAGAUUUUGAGAAAUGGGGAGUAUUAAAGAAGAGAAAUUGAGAUUUUGUAUAGAUAGAGGAGGAACAUUUACAGAUGUAUAUGCAGAAAUACCUGGUCAAUCUGAUGGUAAAGUAAUGAAACUAUUAUCAGUAGACCCAUCCAAUUAUGAUGAUGCACCGAUAGAAGGUAUAAGGAGAAUACUAGAAGAAUUUACAGGGAAAAAGAUCCCUAGGUCUUCUAAAAUUCCUACUGAUAAAAUUGAGUGGAUAAGGAUGGGAACCACGGUUGCCACAAAUGCUUUGUUAGAGAGGAAAGGAGAGAAGAUUGCACUUUGUGUUACUAAGGGGUUUAAGGAUUUGCUUCAGAUUGGUAAUCAAGCUCGUCCGAAUAUAUUUGAUUUAACCGUUGCGAAGCCGUCAAAUCUUUAUGAGGAAGUUAUUGAGGCUGAUGAGAGAAUCGAGCUUGUCCUUGAUAAACAAGAAGAGAAACAAGGCUGUGGGUGUUCGGUUAGAGGGAUUUCUGGUGAGCUUAUUCGAGUUAAGAAACCACUUGAUGAAGAGACUUUAAGACCUUUGCUGAAGGGGUUGCUGGAUAGGGGAAUUAGUUGUUUAGCUGUUGUAUUAAUGCACUCGUAUACGUAUCCUCAACAUGAAACAAUGGUAGAAGAGUUGGCAAUGAGUAUGGGCUUUAGACAUGUUUCUUUAUCUUCGGCUUUGACUCCAAUGGUUAGGGCAGUUCCUAGGGGUUUAACAGCUAGUGUCGAUGCAUAUCUUACCCCAGUAAUCAAAGAAUACUUAUCGGGCUUCAUUUCAAGAUUUGAUGAAGGGUUGGGAAAACUGAAUGUUUUGUUUAUGCAAUCAGACGGAGGGCUUGCGCCAGAGAGUAGAUUUUCUGGUCAUAAAGCGGUAUUGUCAGGUCCUGCUGGUGGGGUUGUGGGUUACUCACAGACUCUGUUCGACCUUGAGACAAAGAAGCCCCUCAUAGGCUUUGAUAUGGGGGGUACGUCUACUGAUGUAAGCCGUUAUGCUGGAAGCUACGAGCAAGUUUUAGAGACCCAAAUUGCUGGAUCCAUAAUUCAAGCUCCGCAGCUUGACAUAAACACCGUGGCUGCUGGCGGUGGUUCAAAGCUAAAGUUCCAAUUUGGAGCAUUUCGGGUAGGGCCUGAAUCAGUUGGUGCGCAUCCAGGUCCUGUUUGUUACCGCAAAGGGGGUGAAUUGGCUGUCACAGAUGCAAAUCUUAUACUAGGAACUGUAAUUCCAGAUUAUUUCCCUUCUAUCUUUGGCCCUAACGAGGACCAGCCUUUGGAUGUAGAGGCUACAAGACAAGAAUUUGAGAAGCUGUCACAAAAGAUCAAUUCUUACAGAAAGAGUCAGGACCCGUCGGCGAAAGACAUGACAGUGGAACAAAUAGCACUUGGGUUUAUAAAUGUUGCUAAUGAGACAAUGUGUCGUCCAAUACGCCAAUUAACUGAGAUGAAAGGUCAUGAAACGAGGAACCAUGCUCUUGCUUGCUUUGGGGGUGCAGGACCACAGCAUGCCUGUGCUAUUGCAAGAUCUUUGGGUAUGUCUGAAGUGUUGAUACAUCGAUUUUGUGGCAUCUUAAGUGCUUAUGGAAUGGGGCUGGCCGAUGUGAUUGAAGAAGCACAGGAACCUUAUUCUGCUGUUUAUGAUCCAAAAUCCAUUGUGGAAGCUUCUCGCAGGGAAGCAAUUUUGUUGGAGCAAGUCAAGCAAAAUUUGAGAGAACAGGGCUUCGGUGAUGAAAGUAUUACAACGGAGUCAUAUCUGAAUUUGAGGUACGAAGGUACAGACACAGCCAUCAUGGUGAAGAGGCAAAGCGACGUAGGGUCAGAAAAUGACUAUGCUUCAGAAUUUCUGAAGCUGUUCCAACAAGAGUAUGGGUUCAAAUUACAAAACAGGAAGAUCCUUAUCUGUGAUGUAAGGGUUCGUGGAAUAGGAGUCACUAAUAUCUUGAAUCUUCGACCACUAAAACCUGUUACUGGUGUCCCAGAAAUUGCAGGGCGUUACAAGAUCUAUUUCAGGAAUGGUUGGCAUGAGACGCCGUUAUUCAAACUUGAAAAUCUAGGUCAUGGGCAUGUCUUACAAGGUCCUGCCAUUGUUAUGAAUGGUAAUAGCACUGUUAUUGUAGAACCCGAUUGUAAAGCAAUUAUUACUGAAUAUGGUAAUAUAAAGAUCGAGAUUAAUUCUGCUCCAAGCACUGUAAGAAUAGAAGGCGGUGUUGCAGAUGUAGUGCAGCUUUCAAUCUUCAACCACAGAUUCAUGGGGAUUGCCGAACAGAUGGGAAGGACUUUACAGCGGACGUCUAUUUCUACUAAUAUUAAAGAGCGGCUUGAUUUCUCUUGCGCUCUUUUUGGUCCCGAUGGGGGAUUGGUGGCUAAUGCCCCACACGUCCCUGUCCACUUAGGAGCUAUGUCCAGCACUGUUCGAUGGCAGAUUGAGUACUGGAACGACAAUCUGACUGAGGGAGAUGUUUUGGUCACUAACCAUCCCUGUGCUGGAGGUAGCCAUCUUCCUGACAUCACUGUUAUUACCCCUGUAUUUGAUUAUGGAAAGCUGGUGUUUUUCGUGGCUAGUAGAGGACACCAUGCAGAGAUUGGAGGUAUAACUCCAGGAAGUAUGCCACCAUUCUCGAAGUCCAUAUGGGAAGAAGGAGCUGCAAUUAAAGCAUUUAAACUUGUAGAAAAGGGGAUCUUCCAAGAAGAAGGAAUCAGCAAACUUCUUCUAUCUCCUUCUUCAGAUGAAGUCUUAGGUCAUAAAAUCCCAGGAACUCGCAAACUUCAGGAUAACUUAUCUGAUCUUCGAGCUCAAGUGGCUGCAAACCAGAGAGGAAUCUCUCUCAUCAAAGAGCUGAUUGAGCAGUAUGGCUUGGAUGUUGUACAAGCGUACAUGACCCAUGUCCAGACUAAUGCGGAAGAAGCUGUCAGAGAAAUGCUCAAGUCAGUCGCUUCUAAGGUUGCAAGUAAGUCGUCUAACAUCCCAAAAGAUUUAGUGACGAUUGAAGAAGAAGAUUUCAUGGAUGAUGGAUCUGUCAUACACUUAAAGCUAACUAUUGAUACCCAGAAAGGGGAAGCAUUUUUUGAUUUUAGCGGGACUAGUGCUGAAGUAUAUGGGAAUUGGAAUGCACCAGAAGCAGUAACAGCUGCAGCGGUCAUCUACUGCCUGCGUUGUUUGGUUAAUAUUGAUAUUCCUCUGAAUCAAGGUUGUUUGGCUCCAGUGAAAAUCCAUAUUCCCGUGGGGUGUUUCCUUUCUCCAAGCGAUAAAGCUGCUGUAGUGGGAGGUAAUGUUUUGACAUCACAGAGAAUUACCGAUGUUGUUCUUACUGCAUUUCAGGCAUGUGCUUGUUCUCAGGGUUGUAUGAACAAUCUCACUUUCGGGGACGAUAGUUUUGGGUAUUACGAGACAAUUGGAGGUGGGUGUGGUGCUGGACCAAGUUGGGAUGGAACAAGUGGUGUCCAGUGUCAUAUGACUAAUACACGCAUGACUGAUCCAGAAAUUUUUGAGCAGCGGUACCCUGUGCUUCUGCAUAAGUUUGGGCUUCGUGAGAAUAGUGGUGGUGCAGGAAUUCACAAAGGAGGUGAUGGACUUGUAAGGGAGAUUGAAUUUCGACGACCAAUGGUGGUGAGUGUGCUUUCAGAGAGGCGUGUUCAUGCACCUCGAGGACUGAAUGGUGGUGAAGAUGGUGCUCGCGGAGCUAAUUACUUGAUAACUGAGGAUAAACGUCGAGUAUAUCUUGGAGGUAAGAACACGGUCAUGGUGCAGGCAGGUGAAAUACUUCAGCUUUUAACACCUGGUGGUGGUGGUUGGGGUUCUCCUCGUUGAUUAUUUCUCUCAUAACAGACUCUCUCUCUCAAUCGCUAAAUUACUGUUGGUGUAAUUCAUCCUUGAAAUGCCCGUCUUUUUAUCUGCAAUACUAUGGUGUUUCAACUCUGAAAUCAAUCUCUCCGAGUACAUUAAUAUGAUUGAGAGUAAUUUCACAUUUU